UGGUUGCUAGGUACGCGGUGUGGUACGCGGAUAUCCGUGGUCGGGCACGCGCGCGGGUGUCGGCGGGCGCGCGGCGGUGGUGGCUGGGCGGCCGCAAGGGAUGCAGGCUCGGUGGUGCUCGCGCUCGGCCGGGUGCCAGCCGGCUCUCAGUGUCGCUCAGAUCGCGGCGCGCGGUGGUCGUGCGUCGAGCGCGUGUGGAGUGAUGUCUGCGAGAUGAGGCUGUCGCUGGUGCUACUGUGGCUGGGCGCGGCGGCGGCUUGCGGCCCGAGCCGCGGCUACACCCGCCGUCAGGGCGCGCGCCGCAUCACCCCCCUGGUCUUCGGCCAGCACGACCCGAACAUUAGUGAGAACAAGAAUACCGCCAGUGGACCCCCUGAGGGUCGCAUCACCAGAGAUGACGAGAGGUUUAAAGACUUAGUGCCGAAUUAUAAUCCGGACAUCGACUUUAGGGACGAUGAGGGCACGGGUGCCGAUCGCCUCAUGACGCAGAGAUGUAAGGAGAAGCUGAACACGCUGGCGAUCAGCGUGAUGAACCAGUGGCCGGGAGUACGGCUGCGGGUGAUCGAGGGCUGGGAUGAGGAGAACUCGCACUUGGAGCAGUCGCUGCACUACGAGGGCCGCGCUGUGGACCUCACCACCAGUGACCGAGAUCGCUCCAAGUACGGCAUGCUGGCGCGCCUUGCCGUCGAGGCCGGCUUCGACUGGGUCUUCUACGAGAGCAGAUCAUACAUACACUGUUCAGUCAAAACAGAAUCGUCUGUUGGAACGGGUGCCGGGUGCUUUCCCGAAGGCUCUAUGGUGUACACAGAGAACGGUCCUCGUGACAUUGCUACGAUACAAAAAGGAGACAGAGUGCUGGCUGCCUCUGAUGAUGGAAAAAUGAUAUAUUCUGAGGUAUUGACAUUUAUCGAUCGAGAUCCGAAUACGACGCGGCAGUUUAUCGAAGUGACGGCGGAGAACGGCGUGACGAUCACGACGACGCCGUCACACCUGCUGCUGCUGGCGGCCGCCGACGGCUGGCGGGAGUCCUUCGCCGCCAAUGUAGAGGUCGGCGACGUCCUCCUGACACGGGGCUCAGCUGACGUGUUCAGGCCGUCGCGAGUGGUGUCGACGCGCAUGACGUCGAGGCGAGGCGUGUUCGCGCCGCUCACGAAGGCCGGCACUAUCAUCGUGGACGACGCGCUGGCGUCGUGCUACGCGCUGGUGCGCAGCCACUCGCUGGCGCACGCGGCCAUGGCGCCGCUGCGCUGGCUGGCGGGCUGGGGCGCGGCGGGCGCGGCGGGCGCGGCGGGCGCGGCCGGCUCCCCGCGCGGCGUGCACUGGUACGCCAGCGCGCUCUACUCGGUGGGCGACUUCGUGCUGCCCGCCUCCUACAGGUACCGCUAGUGACUGUGACGGACUGCUGACUAUGAGUGCUCGUGGAGACCGCGCGCGGGACGUGCAAGGACACAGUUGUAAAUAUCGCUCCUGUAAAUAGUAUAGAGUAUGACAGACAACGAUAUGUAAAUACUUAGCUCGCGAACAUUAAAAUGUUUAAUAUUAUAUUUUAAGCUCGUCGUUGACGAUACUUACCCUCAUUGGAAUUUAUUUAUUAAGUAGUUUUAGGAACUUUUUGCAAAUUUUGCAUAUUAUUUAGUUAACUUACGAAUAUUUUUUUGUAAAUUGUAUCGGUAUUGUUAUUCUGCACAAUGCAGAAAUACUUAAAUGUAUGCGCUUAUGUUAUUUUAAGUUACUGUAUAAAUACUAAUUACGAAUUAAUGAAUUCACUUCUUUAGCGAAUCCGACGAAUAUGAUGUUCUGAAAUCAAUUGUUUUGAUAACAACAGUGCAGAGCCGCGCGCGAGUGCGUCGCGCUGUAACCAGACAUUCCAUAACUCUAAUCCCGUCUACUUACACACGUUAGAAAUGAUGAAAUUGUGAUCUUGGUACCUAAAAACGUGCCUUAAGAUUUUUUAUUUAUUGUUAUUUAUAAGCUAGGUGUCUAUUUAUAAAUUGACGAAAGUAUUUAGGUCUAACUUAUUCAAUUAUGUCCGAUCCCGUCUUAAUAAUCUAAGUGCUUUAACUAUUUAUUUAAUGUUCUUCCCUUUCCUUUAUUUCACUGCUUGACAUCGUAUGUUAUCUUAAUUAAAUAUCUUCAGUAUUACUUGCAUGAGUUGUUCUCGUUUUUCGACUUAUUGGAAAUACUUAAUACAGAGCAAUGCAUAUGUUAGGAGUAGGUGCGGCGAUGUCUGCCGGCACACGUACGUACGGCAAUCGUUGACCUUAUAGAUCACACGGAAGAUCUGAACUGAAGCAAGGGUUCCUAUAGAUUGAAUUUAGUGGAAUGUUGUUAGACUUGUGAAUGCAAAUAUGUUAGAAAUUAUUAAUAGGACAACAUUUCGAAUUAUUUAUUAUACAUUCACAUAAAACUGAUGUCGGCGACAACGUAAAAUAAUCUUUAUUAUAAAAUAGUGAUUAGUGCUUAUGUAGACGAUACUAACAAAUUUAUAGUUACAUACACUAUCCGAAAGCUUUAACUAAUAUUUGGACAAUACAUUUAUGCCAUAAUGAUUGCCAUAUUAAUAUUACCUAGUUUAAAAAACUAAAUGCUAAACAGUGGAUGUAACAGUGCCGACUUUGUGGACCCGACGAAUGUUUUAUUUAUUAUUGAUAUGAUAAUAUGUUAAGGAUCACUGUGGCAUAAUGUGUGUGCAGAUGUACGUACGUCUUAUUUAAUGUUAUUUAGUAUACAAAGUGAAGGAAUACUUCUAGGAAAAUAUACAAGUUCCUUUAUUAUAGGAACACGUUAAGGUGGAAUGUUUUACGAUGUUAUAGAGACAAUUAAAUGCUUAAAUGUAAUUUCUGUUUAUAUUAUUUUGGAAUUGGAAAUAAUAACUCAAAAUUUGUAGUAUACAUAUGUUUCCUUGAAGUUUUCUUAUAAUGGUAUUUAAAACAAAUGUUCUUUUGUAACAAAAUAGUUCUUAAUAAGUUGACUAACACCAGUUGUAAAUCUAAACAUCAUUUCCUUCCUGUAAACAUUACCCUUUUACAACUUAAAAAUUAUAUUUUUUGAUACUGAAUUGCUAUUAUUAGUAGUUCAAGUCAAAAUUCAAUAAACCAUUUCUUAAAUCGAAUUAUUGAGUGAAGAAAGGUGUUAAGGGUUGUCGACCAGUACCUGUACUACGAGCUCUUAAAGCGAGACAGCUACCGUUGCGAAAAGAAGACAGCGCUCUACAAUGCUUAUAGCGCCAUCUCACUUCCACAAUUUCAACUGUCAUGUUUUAAGUUCUCAUAGUAGAUCUCUAUCGCCCCCAAACAGUAACCCGUUUAUAUCCUUUCUAUUUGUAUUUUCUCUUCCAUAUUUCUUCGCUUAUUUCUCUGAAACUUGUGGGCGAUUGCUAACAUUUUUCAUUCUAAAUCCGGUAAACUGUAUCGCGGAAAGUGCACUUUGCUUUUUGACACUGAUAUUCAUUUUGUAAGAUUUUUAGAGAAAAUGUUUUGUAAUCCUGUGUAUUUUUUGAUAGAAAUUUAAAAUAAUCUUAAUGUUGUUCACGUUUGGGUCUAACUCAAAAUUAUUGUAUUCCCAAUACCGUCAGCUUUGUCUAAUGUGGUGUUACAAACUUAUUAAAGAAAUUCAUAUAAAUGUAAAAAACAUCGGAAAAAAUGUUAUUCUGAAACUGACCGUUCCUCUAUUUCACACGAUACAUUAACAACUGCAUUGUAAAUUAACCCUUAAAUUGUAUCAAUUCUGUAUUUAUGUUGAUACAAUGAAACAUAAACAAAAUAACAUCAUCAUAACCAGUUCACUAAUACCAAACCACCCCUCUACCAAAUGACGUUUAUUAAAAAUGACUAAUAAAAAAAAACUUCAUACAUUUCUGUCAUAACCAACACUUGAAAUGUCUCUUGGUACGGGGGUGAAACAUAUUGGAACUAUUUUCUAAAAUCUUCUUGAAACGAACGAGUGUUAAACCCUUAUGUAAAAACAAUACGUAAUUAUUAUACAUUAAUUAUUUAUUUAUUGACGUUAUAUUUGGUUUAGUAUAAAAGUCUUAGCCCACGUUGUACCGUGGACUACAUAUUUAAUAACUUCUUGUAAAGAAUGAAAAACAUUGUGGACAUUAUUUGCUGUACUGCCUAACCACUGUCGUAUUAUCGAAAUGUAUUAUAAUAUCAAAAUAAAUAAAAUGUUGGCUUUGUGGACAUA